UGUGUUUAUGUGUAUGUGUGUGUGUGCGUGUGUGUGUGUGUGUGUGUGUGUGUGUGCGUGUUUGGUGGGUUGAAAUUGCAUUUGUUACUUCUCGCAACAGAGGGAAUCCAGCUGUGGGUGUUUCUCAGCCCUUAAUGCCCUGGGGCUUUGGAGUUUGCCUCUCCGUCAUUCAGUAGUAGUUUACUCCCGAGGAGGCAUGGCCGCAUGGAGCAGAGCUCUGCCAAGUGUCUUUACGCUUGUUCUGUCCAUGCUACUGCUGCUCCAGCUCCUGGUCAGUUUGAUAGUGCCACGACAUACGUAUGCACCCGAAUUUACUGUCAUCAGUAUAAAUGGUCAAAAAUCCGAAUUAUUUGACUCCAGCGUGGAUGGACGCCCAGACAGCGCGCCGAAACUUUGGCCAGAUGAAGAGACAGCGGAACGUCUGCGCGCCUACGCCGACGAAAACGAGCUGAGUUCUCGCCAGGCCACAGACAGCAAACUUGUGCUUCAGCCUUGGGCAUCAGGACGACCAUCCUUUAGUACUGAAGUGCAGCGUCUUAUCCAAUUCAUUACUACACCAGAGGUGAAUUGUUCCAGAUGGCAGAGUUCUGGUGAAUCUGGGUCUGCAUAUGUUGGGGAAAGUUCUGAGGCUCUGUGCUUGAAUUACUGGGCCACUAGCCAUCCUUGUGUCGCUUACUCUUUCAGUUUGGAUGGGAAGGAUGAAUUGAUUCUGGAAUCCACAUUAAGUAUGAGAUGUGAGGUGCAUCGCUUUGACCCUAGUACUCGGCACAAACACAGUAGUAGCUCUGAACAUGGAUCUGUCCAGCACCAUCAAGCUUGGCUUGAUUGGAGACGCCCCCGCUCUCGACCUCACAGGGGAGUUUUAGGGACUAUACCUCGCAGCCUGGUGGACAUCAUGGACUCACUGGGCCACAGCAUGGUGCAUGUUCUGUGGGCAGAUCUGUUGAGCGCUGAAUGGCGAAUGUUGGAGAGUUGGGUGCAGGAUGGAAUUCUCAGACGGAUCAGUCAGCUCAUACUAACUGUGCAUCUACAGUGGGCAGGGUUUGAAGUGGGUGGGACCGAGGCAGAAGUAGUACGGUUCUGGUACAGUGUACUGAGAGCUCUGCACAGCUCAGGCUUCCGUCUGACACACUCAGCUCCUGGGCCAGGACACACUGUACUACGGCAAGAACUUCCCAAUACACACAGUUCAUACAAACUUACCUGGGUCAGGAGAGGUGAACAGUUCUAAUGAUUACUAGCAAUCCUCCAGACUUAUCAGGAGAACUGCUGCAAAUGCACAUGCUGAGUAAAGUUUUUGUUAACAUUGAAGUAUUUUGUACAAUAGCAUAGUAUGGUUUGUGGUGAUUGUAAAAAAAAUGCAUGCACAUUGUAUAAAUACAUGGCCUUUGUAAACACAUUUAAAAUGUACUGUUUAUUACCUUUUCAAUUAAUUAUGAUUAAAUAUGAAACAUCUGUGAUCAUGCUUAGACACCCCAACACUGCUCCAAACAAACAGUACACAUACAUGAAUGUCCUCACAAACAUCUAGUCUUCUUUUAACUGUUCCUCAGAUUAAUAAUCUUUCUAUUCCGAUAUUUUCAAAUUUAAUAUUUUAAAUCUUUUUUUCACUCCUAGGAAAAUGGUUGUAAACUGUACCGUUCCUGUGUCUUUUUUUUAACUGGGAAGGUGUUUCUACUGUACUUCCAAACUAAAACUCAAAUUAUAGUUAAUUAAACAAUGGUCCAUAAAAUCCAGAUGUCCAUAAAAUCAUUUUUGAAGGUAUAUCAUGUUCCAAGUGUCAACCAUCCAAGUGUCAAGUAGAGUAAGAUGAGUGAG